AUGUUGAUUAAGUGUGAGAGCAAAAGUACCCGAGCAAAGGGUUUAUCCUUUCAUCCAAAACUACCUUGGGUUCUUGUUAGCCUUCAUAAUGGUGUGAUCCAGUUUUGGGAUUAUAGAAUUGGAAGCCUACUAGAUACAUUUGAGGAACAUGAAGGGCCAGUGAGAGGAAUUGAUUUCCAUGAAAGUCAACCAAUCUUUGUAUCUGGAGGAGAUGAUUACAGAGUAAAAGUAUGGAAUUACAAAGAAAGAAAAUGUUUAUUCACACUUUUAGGCCAUUUAGAUUAUAUUAGAACUGUUGAGUUUCAUAAAGAAUACCCUUGGAUUCUUUCUUGCUCGGAUGAUCAAACUAUGAGGCUUUGGAAUUGGCAGAGCAGAACUUGUAUAUCUGUGAUCACGGGGCAUAAUCACUAUGUAAUGUGCUCAAUUUUUCAUCCUCACCAAGAUAUCAUAGCUUCAGCAAGUAUGGACCAGUCUGUAAGAAUCUGGGAUUUCACUGGACUUAGGGAAAAGACUGUUAAAGGGCAUUCAUCACACUCCAGUUAUUCUGUAUCUAUGUCAUCUUCUCACACUAUGCCUGCUCAUGUUGAUAUGUUUGGGGCUAAUGAUGUAAUUUGUAAAUUUGUUCUUGAAGGUCAUGAAAGAGGAGUCAAUUGGGUAGCAUUUCAUCCAACUCUUUCAUUGUUAGCAUCAGCUUCAGAUGAUCGAACAAUUAAACUUUGGAGGUAUAAUGAUAACAAGGCUUGGGAAAUUGACACUCUUAGAGGACAUUUUAACAAUGUUUCUUCUGUUAUUUUUCAUUCAAAUAAAGAUUGGCUUUUAUCUAAUAGUGAAGAUAGAACUAUUAGAAUUUGGGAUCUCACAAAAAGAGCAUGUAUCCAUACUUACAGAAGAGAUACUGACCGUUUUUGGACUAUAGUUAGUCAUCCAACUAACAGCCUUUUUGCUGCUGGGCAUGAUUCUGGUAUGAUGAUCUUUAAACUAGAACCUGAAAGGCUUCCUUCAGAUUUUUGUUCUUCAAUGAAUCAACUUUGGUACAUUAAUGACAGAUUCCUUUAUAUGUAUGAUGUUAAAAGCAAAAAUGUGCAUUCAAUUCUUCCCAUGAAAAGUAAUAAUAUCUCCAGUAAUAUGUUAUGUCCAAGUAACUUUUAUGUUAACCCAUUCAGCCCAAAUGAGCUUUGUUUUCUAGUUUACUAUAAGAGAGAUGCUUUUAAUGGAUUAAAUAAUAGUAGUUCUUUAAAUAAUGGAUUAUCAAAUGGCAAUGCAUUACAAUUCACAUAUGAUAUAAUUACAAUCAACUCUCUUUCACAGCUGAUUAACAAUAGCUCUGGUCAAAAUAACUCCUCUAGUAGCUCAAAAUGUAAGAGUGGACUUCCAGGUGUAACUUCUGUAAUCUUUCUAUCCAGAAAUAGACUAGCAGCCCUUGAAAACGGUGGUCAAACCAUUUCCAUAAUAUCUUUAGAUGGUGAUAUUCUCAAAAGAUGGGAACUCCCUUGGAUUGCUCAAAAACUAUUUAUGGGAAGUAACCAACAGCAAAUCAUCAUCCAAUCCGAUGAUUUCCUUUAUAUUUAUGAUAUUUCGCAAAGGGAAUUAAUAUCAGAACUUGUCAUUUCUAAUCUUCAAAACCAUCAAGUUGCCGUUAUUAACAAUAAGAUUGGACCAAAUUUCCAACAAUGUCUGACAUUCAAUACUGUUUGUAGUGAAACAGGGGAGUCUUCCACAGGAGUUAGGGCAAUUGAAUGGAGCCAAGAUAAGUCAAUGAUUGCAAUUUUAUGUAAAUAUAACAUCAUUUUCACCAAUAGUGAGCUCCAAGUGAUUGCAACCUAUACUGAAAACCUUACAGUGAAAUCUGGAAUUUGGCAUGAAACUCUUCCUAUAUUUAUAUAUACUACCCAAGGCCACAUUAAAUAUGCAAUUCCUGGCAUUAAUGAAUCUGGAAUCAUCCAAACAAUUUCAGAUAAUCUUUAUAUUAAGCAUUAUGAAGACUCAAGGAAAGAACUAAUUGCUUUAAACCGCUUUGGUAAUGUCCAAAUUAUUGAGAGGCUUAAUCUGAAUGAAGCAUUGUUUAAACUUUCCAUUAUUAACCAAGAAAGCAACAAGGUACUUAGAUAUACCAAGGAUGGGAACCUCAAAGGACUUUCGACCUUGAAUUAUCUUACACAACAUGGAUAUCCCGAGGUUGCAAUACAAUUAGUAGAGAACCCCAUUUUAAAGUUCUACUAUGCCGUCCAAUUUGGAGAAAUCAUGCAAGCUUACAAUAUAGUAAAGGAAUUGCAGAACUUAGAGAUUGAAAAAGAAAACUCAGGCUCUAACUCCAACUUUAAAGGCAAUGGAAACCAUAAAACAAUUCUUCCUAAGCUCAACUCAAUGACUUUAGAAACUAUGUGGGAUUGCCUUGGAAGAAGUGCUCUUUCCCAUGGUUUUAUUAAUGUUGCUGAGAAGUGUCUUCAAGUCACCAAAGAGUUUGAGAAGUUGAUUUUACUUUAUUAUGUAAUUGGCCAAAGAGAGUAUAUGGAAAAAUUGAGUAAAAUAUCCGAAAAACAAAAAAACUGGGCUAGAAAAUACCACAUAGCUCUUCUUAUGAAUGACAUUCCUGAAAGGAUUAACAUCCUUAAAAGUUUUGGGCAAAUUCCUCUCGCAAUUGCUUUAGCACACACUUAUGGGUACAGUCAGAUAAAGGAAGAACUUCUUUCCCAAUACACUGAAGCUUAUAGUGUCGAUGGUGCAGAUGCCUUUGAGUUCCUUAAUGUACUCAAAGCCGGUAAAUCUUCAGACAAAGCCUGCAAAGAAUCAUGCAAGUCGUUUAUGACUGCUCCAUGUAUUCCAAUACUACCAGCAAAAAAACUCACUGUUGAAGGGCUUAACUGGCCAAGAAUUAAUAUUUCAGAAAGCUCAGACCAUCUAAAGUCUUCAGAUUAUAAUGACUCAUACUCAAAAAGCACAGGAGGUAAGAUGCCGAGUCAGAUAGACAUAUCUUCGGUAAACGGAGGUACCGGAUUUGGUUCAUCGUCUCAACCGGAAUGGGAUGAUAUUGAUAAUAUUGAUGUUCCGAAUGAUAUAAAACUGAAUGAAGACAAUGUCUUUAAUGUGGUUGGAGACCAAAACUUACAUGGGGACAAAAUUUCGGACUCAAAUGGCUUAUCGAAGACGAGUCUAGGUCCAUCAUUCCAAGAUAGAAUCUUAUGUGCUCCUGAAAAUAUUCCAGCUACUUCUUCCAGAUAUUCUAUCAUCAAUUUAAUAGUUGCAGGCAAAUACGACGAUGCACUCACUAUUCUUUUAAGGAAAAUGGGAGUUAAAGAUUGCAAACCUUUUAAACAAAUCUUCAAGAUGAUCGCUCUUAGUUCUACUUAUAGCUUGCCAAGCUUCUCUGAAGGGCCUUGCAUUAAUUUACCUUUGAUUUCAGAAGGAUAUAAGAUGUUUAAUGAGAGCUCACCAAAUGGACAUAUCUCCCCAAUCAUUCUGUUCAACGAGUCAAACCUGAUAGAAUUGGUGAAAUCCGGACAAAAAAUGGUAACUUCAGGAAAGUUCCAGUCAGCUUUAGAAGUUUUCCAACAAGCAAUAAUUAUUGCUCCUUUAGUUUUGGAACAUUAUACUCUUUAUUCACAAAACGUUGAACAACUUGUGCAACUCUCUGAAUUAAUUAGCCAGUACUGUAUUGGAAUGAGGCUUGAACUUGCUAGAAUUGAACUUUUGAAUAAUUGCCAAGACCAAAACCAGCCGGAAGUGGCGAUCAGGAAUUUGGAGCUUAUCUCAUACUUUUCAUGUUGUAAGCUUCAGCCAUUACACACUUCUCUUGUCCUUAGAAGAGCAAUGGGUAUUGCUUGGAAACACAAGAAUUAUAUAACCACAGCAAGCUUUGCUAAAAGACUCUUGGGUAUUCCAAAUAUCGAAGAUGCCGAAAAGACACAAAAAAUCCUUGUUGCAUGCGACCAAAAAGCCACAGAUGAACAUAAUAUCAACUUUGAUCCGCAUAGAGAUAUUGACCACAUUAUUAUAUGUUCAUCUUCUCUUACCAAAAUUAACCCAAAGUCCCAGGACUUUGUUAAAUGCCCAGUUUGCUCCAGCAAUCAUCUUUCACAGUUUACUGGAGAAGUUUGUCCUAAUUGCAAAACCGGCGAAAUUGGUCUCAGGGUCAUUGGAAUUCUCUAG